GGAGGAGGUGGACUCAGCUCUUCUUCUUCUACGGCCCGAUGUGCUGAGACCUGCUGUUUCAUUUCAACUCCGCCUGUGAGCAACCCAGUCACUGCUCCGUCUCUUUAGGUUUGACCUUUGGAUCGUUAAAGAAAAGUGCCAACAUUUUUGAUACUCGUUUUGUGUUGUUGUUUUUUUUUUGUACCUAAAGCCUCGCCGGGGAGAGAGCACUCCAGGGCGGUGAAGAGAGAAGUUAAACCCCCAGCUGCUUGAGCAAGGAGACGACAGAUUUCACACCUCCACAUUGCUAUAUAUUAGGUUAGUUUUUGCUUUUUUGUGUGGAGGUUAUUGCUAACUUCAGUGAAGUUUUAUCCGCCAAGAGAGGACACGCAUCCACCCGGCAUCAUGACUCGGAGAUCCUGUGCCAUUUACGCCACCGGGAUCGUGUGCGCUCACCUCCUGAUAGUGGGGAUCGCCCUGGUCGUGGCUCAAGUCUUCCAAACAAUGAUUCACAGCAGGCUAAAAAAGGAAAUAACUUUGACAGAAAAGAGCCAAGUGUUUGAGGCGUGGAAGAAUCCUCCUCCACCUGUUUACAUGGAGUAUUACUUCUUCAAUGUGACCAAUCCAGAGGUGUUUUUGGCAGGUGGGAAGGCAGCUGUUAAACAGAUCGGACCAUAUACUUACAGGGAGUAUAGGCCACGGGAAAAUGUAACUUUUCUGGAGAACGGCACCAAGAUUUAUGCUCUGAACCCCAAAACUUUUGUGUUCGUGCCAGAGAAGUCAGCCGGAGAUCCUGAGGUUGACAUCAUCAGGACAGUGAACAUCCCGUUUGUGGCGGUGAUGAAUGAGCUGAACUCGUACUCCUUUUUCCUGAGAACACUGGUUUCCAUGUACAUGAACAGUUUGGGCAUUGAGUUGUUCAUGACACGUACUGUCCAUGAGGUCCUGUGGGGCUUCAAAGACCCUCUCCUCUCAAAGAUCCACUCCAUGAAACCAGAAGUGGAUGAGCAUUUUGGGCUGAUGUGGAAGAAAAAUGGCACCCAUGAAGGAGAGUUUGUAUUCCACACAGGCGAGGAGAACUACUUGGAUUAUGGAAAGAUCGACACAUGGAACGGCCUGAGGGAGAUGUCAUGGUGGUCCUCCAAUCAGAGCAACAUGAUCAACGGUACGGAUGGAGCAGUUUUCCACCCUCUGAUAAACAGGAACGAGCUGCUCUACAUCUUUGCUGCUGAUCUCUGCAGGUCAAUCCAUCUGGCCUACGUGGAAGAUGUGGAGGUGAAAGGCAUCCAGGCGUACCGCUUCGCCCCUCCCAGUGACGUCCUAAUGAGCCCUAAAGACAACCCCACUAACGAGGGCUUCUGUGUGCCAGCUGGAGACUGUCUCGGCACUGGGGUACUCAAAGUUAGCGUUUGUCGAGAAGGCGCUCCCAUCGUGGUGUCUUUCCCCCACUUUUAUCAGGCGGACCCAAAGUACAUUAAUGCCGUUGAUGGACUCAGCCCUAACAAGGAAGAGCAUGAGACGUACCUGGACCUGCAACCGACUACUGGAGUUCCCAUCCGUGCCUGCAAAAGAGCUCAGCUCAAUAUCAUCCUGAAGAGAGUCCAAGGCUUCCCCAAAACCAAGUACAUCAAUGAGACCAUUUUCCCCAUCAUGUUUGUCAAUGAGACGGCAACCAUUGAUGAUGAAUCAGCAUCUCAGAUGAGGACGCUUCUCCUCAUCGUCACUCUUGUGUCAAAUUUCCCGCUGCUUAUCGUGGGCAUGGGGAUCAUCCUGCUGCUGGUGCUUGUCAUCUUGUUCUGCCGAAACCGCCAGAAGAAGAGCGAAGUAAAACGUAUUGAUUUUACUGAAGCUUUUCAUUCUUUUACUACGGUGAAAGACGACACGGCCUACACUCAGGUCAGCGACAAACCGGACGAGCCGUCAGAAACGCCCGCCAGCCAGCCGAUGAGGAACGGCUCGUACAUCGCCAUGUCUCCAGUGGAGGCCCAGAAGUGUUGAUCGAGGAUCCUCCUCCCCGAGUGUGGAGCUCAGGAAGGGGGCUGGGGUUGCAGCACAUGGGUGUCACAUUACCAAGGGUGGGGGGUUAGGAUACAUGGUGGGUGGGGGAGGAUAGGGAAAGGGAUUGGACACAAGCCCCCAGUAAAUGUUUAGUCAACAGAGACAUUGCUACCCUCACUGAGCCCUCUUCUGACUGUCUGCCCUCCUCCUACUCUACCUGCUGAGCAUGGCCCUCACUGCCUGCCAUACUGCAACACAGCCCACACUCACUCUCUCACACUUUCCGUCCCGGUCAGCUCAAAGAUGAAUGGCCUCUUGAGUGGGUUCAGCCGGGACAAGCCUUUCUUCCUCACGAUUCUCCUGGGAACACGGUAGCUGCAUAGAUGUUGCUAUUGUGUGCAGAUAAAUGAACUUAAAGUGUUUGAGUUUAACACCUGAACGGCAGUGGGUGCGAUUUCCUACUCUUCAUAGGUCUUCAGUGAGAAAUAAACAAGCCAACAGAUUUAUUAAACCCCCAACAUGAAAGUAAAUCCUUUAUCAGGACAGAAACCUGAAAAAGGAUGACAUGUUUUCAAAUUAGCCUAUCCUUUUUGUAAAGAAAAAUGACUGAGCCAAAUUAUUUAAACAAGUUUUGCCUUUAUCUGAAGAAGAAUUAGUGAAAAAACCCAAACAAACACACUAAACGCACUUCGAGUAUCAGAUAGUAAAUGUGUGUGCACCUUUAAAACUUAACUAAAUGUCCUUUGAUGCAGGCACACCAUACUGUGACAUCUGGAGUACAUGUGAUAUGUCCUUGUUUUGGUCCACUUAACCUGGUUUUGCUACAACACUAAUUUAAAAAAAACAAUAUCAGAGAGCUUUGCGACAUUUCCAAGUCAUCACUGUUUGAAGGUGAUGCCUGAGUUAGCUGUGAAAGGUUAAACUGCACCUUUUUUAGGCUUUGUCACACUUUUAAGCAAAAAGGAAAAAGAAAAAAAAAACACCCACAAGAACUUACAAGGGAGACUUGAACCUGCUUUCUGCCUUACACGGUUCAGCGUGUUCUUUAUGUUCAUACUUGGUUUAAAUAAGCUGGAAAAUCUCUUCUGUCUUUAUUGUACAUAUGUAAAGGGGAAACGUUGAGAUACCUCUGACCAAAUCCAGCGAGCAGUCCUUCUAGGUGUGCUGAAAGACACUAAUGUCGCUCUGGUGUCGACCGCUCCUGCACGUCUACACUGUUACUGAUUAGAGAAAGCACAAUAUGGAUUGUUGAAAGCAGUCCUCACACAAGGCGACCGUUUUUUUGUUUUUUUGUUAUGAUAUUAACAGCUGAUCUGUCAAAGACACUGUCAAGUGCCGUGACUUAAAAAAAAGUGAAAUCAUUGGGGUUUUUGAGGGAGCCUUGUGUGCACCACUCGUCAUUCAGUUUGCCAAGGAGCUGUAGGCAUUCAGGCAAAAACAGAAACAAAUGCAGCACACAGCACUUGAAUCACUGUUUGUCUUAUGUUUCAUGUUGUGUUUUUUCUGUCCGCCACAUGUCAAAAAAGGAAAAAAAGAUUUUUUUUAAAUGGUAGUCAAGAUGGGAAGUGAAUUUAAGGCCAUAAUACUGUCAACAUGGAGAAUUCCCUGCACUUUGCCUGGAAAAGUGUGCCCUCUUUGUUUUUGUAUGUUUUUGUCCUUGUUAUUUCAAUGCAGGUGGUCCGUAUGUUCAGUACAUUUCAGUGGUUUGUCCUCACUAGUAUUGGUAAUGAAGGAUGUUGUUGUGAAAGAAACAACACACAUCCACGCCUCUGUGUUACUUGCUUUUCAGCACAUGGAGUGUCUUCUUUUUGAUAUACUUUUGUAUUUGUUAUUGCUGCUAAAAAAUGCCAUGACCUAUGGACUUGUAUUUGUAUAUGGGGUAUGAACCAUAACGUGCUCUGCUUCAGGUUGAUCCACAGAGUCUUAAAUUCUCUGAUUGCUGUGCGUUCAGCCUGUUUUUACCACCUGAGCACAAGGAUACAAAGCCCAAAGCUUGCUGCCAUUCUUCUGAAUUAGCAGUUAGUUAUCACACUUUAACCACUCAUUCCUCUGUUAGAAGACGAUCUGACCAUAUCACAGCUAUCGUUGGGGUUCAUUUUAGGAUUAGUAAACUCUGACAGAUCGUUUGCGGUGCACUAAAAGGGCGAGCCGCUUCAGCACCACCUCAGAUUGGUGUCAGAAGUCAGUCAUUCUGGGAUUAAUAACACUGUGGUGGAGAUUCCUUUGAAAGUAUUCCUUUAUAUCAAUUCACUAAAGGCCUUUUUAUUCCAGUGUUUGCACGAGCAGCCAUUGCCUUGUGCAAACUCGUAGUCCAUCAUUAUCCACCUUUUUAAACUUGAACCUGAGAGACCUUAAUCCCUGAGUCAUGUGUAGUCUAUUCAAACACACACCUGAGCCACGGCUGCCUGACUUCUACUACUCCGACCUUUGAGUCCCAAUCGAUAAAGCCCAUUGGCUCGUCCCUGCUUGACCAAAGAUAACCCACGUAGAUCUGCCCCGGCGACCGUGUUUACUCUCCUCUGCGAUAACGGCUGUGCCACAAACCACCGCCAACGUUUUGUUUUUUUUUUAAACCGUGCCACCAGUUAUGUGAAGUAUUUGCAGCAAUGUUGUGUGAGCGUGAACUGAAAUGCGUGUGUGUAUGUGCCUUUUUUACACCAAGGCAAGAAAAGAAUUUGUUAGAUUGAUGAGUAUUGCUUUUUUGUCAAUGAAUGCAAGAGCAAACAAAAGUAAUCAAUGUUCUUUGUGAGCAGAUCUCAGUAUUAUGUAAGACAAAGCAAUACAGAGUAUGUGAAAUUAUUUUCUAAGGGGCCACACCAUAUUUAUGUUUUCUCUGAUUUAGUUUCACUUGUCUAGUAUUUCCUUUAUUCUGUAAAUGAUUCUUUUAUUCAACACAUUUCCUUUGUAUCAUUUCAAAGUAAAAAUACAAAAACGUGUAAAAGCUGGUCCAGUAUUUCACACUGGGAGUUGUUGGAGCCCUGUAAUGUGUCUGUAAAGAGUGUUUGUGAAUGGUUUGAGGUUGUUUGAGAACUUGUGUGAUUAAAAAUUGCGUUUGGAGAAAAAAAUGCA